UUGAAGGCACCGUGUGAUCUUCCAGCCGGGGGCAAGCCAGUGUGAAAUAUUCCACCGAGGUCUUAAAGUGUAUCCUUAGCCGCGCCCGGCGGAGAGCUUUCCCCGGACUGUCUAACCAUUUUAACGUGUUUUUUGUUUUUGUUUUACAACACGGACGAUAUCGAUGGAAGGAUAUUGUUGUACGUGUCGGUAACACGGAAGUGGGCAGCAGGUGCACGUGAACGGCGGUAAAAGUCAAACAAAGUUCUCUCCAUAUGGAUACAACACGGGCGGUGUGGUAAUGUAUAUAAAUUACUUUACGCCUUUCAUUUAAAGGGUCGAGUUGAAUAAAAAAAACUUUAUCUAAAAGUGCGUCGGGUCGAGCGAAUUAACGAAGAGGAGUAAAUAAAGACAGAAGAGACCAUGGAGGAGGAGAAGACGACGACCAUGGGGACUAACUUCAAUGGCGGCACAGCCAAAGACAGAGUGGACAGGGUGGAUCCCUACGGUUUCGAGCGGCCAGAAGACUUUGACUACGAGUCGUAUGAAGAGCUGAUGUCCGAGUACCUGGUUGUGCUCACCAAACGCUCCAUCAAGUGGUCCAAACGGCUGAAGGGCAAACGCAAGGUGCAGAGGAACGCCAAAUUGAAGCGUUACAUACGUAAAGGUGUGCCCAAUGAGCACCGGGCCUUCAUCUGGAUGGUGACCAGCGGGGCCCAGAACCAGCUGGAGAAGAACCCAGGCUACUACCAGUCGCUGCUGGCAGCUCAACAUGACACCAAGGUGGUGGAGAGCAUUUCCACAGACCUGAACAGAACAUUUCCAGACAACGUACAGUUUCAGAAGACGUCCAAGACGUGUCUGCAGAAAGCUUUGUACAACGUGCUGCGGGCUUAUGGUCAGCACAAUCCUACUGUGGGUUACUGUCAGGGCAUGAAUUUUAUUGCUGGCUUUCUGCUGAUCAUAACAAAAGAUGAAGAAAAGUCUUUUUGGCUGAUGGAUGCACUCCUUGGAAGAAUAUUACCAGACUACUACAGUCCAGGCAUGUUGGGGUUAAAGACGGACCAGGAGGUGUUGGGGGAGCUGGUGAAGUCCAAGUCCCCCAGAGUGUGGCAGACCAUGAUGGACCAGGGUGUAACGUGGACCUUGGUGACGUCUCGCUGGUUCAUCUGUCUCUACGUGGACGUGCUGCCGGUGGAGACAGUUCUACGGAUCUGGGACUGCUUGUUUUACGAGGGCUCUAAAAUCCUGUUCCGCGUGGCUCUGACUCUGAUCCACCAUCAUGGAGUCAUGAUCCAAGGAGCACAGUCCCUGCCUGAUGUGUGUCACGCCUUCAAGCAGCUGACACACGGCCGCUUGGUGGAGGAUUGUCACACCUUCAUGCAGAGAAUCUUUGCUGAACCAGGAAGUCUUUCGCUCGCAACGCUGACCAAACUGCGAGCGACGUGUCAAGAUCGUAUCAGUCUUCAGGAAGACAACUGACUCUUUUUUUACAUUCCUUCUAACAUUCUUACUCUCAAAUGUACUAUCAUGUACAUGUACCAUUAUUAUCAUGUAAAUAUACAAUUAUGUAAAUAUACAAUUAUUAUCAUGUAAAUGUACAAUUCUAUCAUAUUUCUAUCUACCUGGUGAAAAGGAGCUCAACUGAUUAAUUGUUCCUCUUAAUUAGCACUUUUUCUUCAGACAUGAAUUGUUUUGUACACUUAAGAACAUAUUUGAGUCAUCCAACAUACAUUUCUUGCACAUAAACUGUAAAAGCUGACAUUUCAACAUGGAAUAUAAAAUAUUUUUGCAGAUAUUACGUGUGCACUUUGUUCAAGUGUCAGUGGUCAAAGAUAAGCCUGGGCUGGUUGGUUGUGAUAUUGUGAUUAUUGCCUGAAAAUUGUUUUUAUAUGUAAUAUUUUUAUCAUUAAAUUGAUUUAUAAUUCAUAUGUAAACAUUUUUAUUAAAUUGAGUUUAUGGUUGA